AUGGACUUCGUGCUCGACGGCGGGGAUCCCUCACAGGUGGAAACGGCCUCGGAGCAGAUGCUCGCAGCCAACUAUUUCACCGCCUCCUUGGAAAUGGACCAUGCACGUGCGGUGGCCACGUCCUCCAGCGUGCGACGCCUGGAGGGGGAUCACCCCGGGCGACGGCUACAGCAGAGGCUCUGGAGAGUGAACUGGCAGGCCUUUGUCUAUGAGCAGCUGGAAGAUGAGGCGAUCAGCAAGGUGGCCGGGCUCCGUAGCGACACGUCGCAGUUCUCAGCGGAACUCCUGACGCAGUUGCAGGCGCUGGGGAUUGAUGCUGGCUUUAGCAGCUUCCAGCUUGUGGAGCUGAGCGAUCCAGAACGGGUCUCCAUUUCUUUGAUCUCCACUUCCACGACCUCUUCGACCUCGAGCACGACCACCACUUCUUCCUCGACUUCGAGCAGCACCAGUUCCAGCAGCACCAGCAGCAGUAGCAGCACCUCCACCACUUCGACGCUCUUCCCGCUGCUGAUUGACAGUGCGGAGAUGACCCAAGGGUACUCCACGAUCCUCCUGACCUUCAACGAGCCCGCCCGCUUGACGGACACCGGAGGGCGGCGCCUGGCCUCGCCGGAGCCGGAGGGCGACGUGGCCUGCGACACCGUCUUCGCCGCGAGCACGAUGGCGAAGCUGGGAGCGUUCCCCGAGUGCAAAUGGCUGGCGAAUGGGCGCAAUAUCCAAGUGACGUUGGGCAGCAGCCCGACGAUCGUUCUUGGUGACAGCGUGGAGACACUGCCACUGGUCCUGACCACCAACUUCAAGGUGGUGGACCUCCCAGUGAAGCCCACACCCGCCUUGGUCUCCAACCUCUUUAGCAACGAUCCUUUGGUGCAACCCACUGCUGCAGUCUUGGCCUCACCGCUGAGCGUCCAGGAAUGUGGCCGAGUCUCGGUCUCGGCCUCGACGUCUCUGGGCGGUGCUGGCCGGCCCAUGGGCGCGGUGUGGAGCUUCGGGAACCGUAGCACUGCAGCGCUAGCGCAGCAGCUGCAGGUGUGGAUCUGGGAGCGGACAUCCCGCAAGAGGUGUUCUACACAGCGGUGCAGGCCGUGA